UUAAUAUUAAUAACUCAUAAUCGAAUCUCAGUAACUAAAUAUUUGAAACUUGACAAUUUAAAACAGACUUUUCGAGUAUUUAAAUAUUAUUUAAUGGAUGAAAAUGGGAGAGUUUUUAAUCCCGAUCCAUGCAGUAACGGCGUUUUGAAUCCAUUCAAUUUGAAUUGGUAUUUUCUCCAUUAUAAUUAUGAUCAUAAUUAUUGUGACGAAAGUUUCACAAUAAUUAGCCUGGGGCAGUUUAUUUAUGAAAAUUUAUGUAUCGCCAAAAGCGGACCACAUCUAAAAUCGGGUCAAGUUAUAAUUAUUCACAUUGGCUCUGUAGUAAUAAGAUCAGCUAAGCCUUAUUUGGCCACUCCAGGAGCAACUGUUCAUGGCCAUUAUGGAGAAAUCCUUUACGAAGGAGAUACAUUAGUUACAUUUACAUAUGAAAAAUCGAGAUCGGGUGAUAUAACGCAGGGUCUUCCAAAAGUGGAACAAGUGUUAGAAGUGCGUUCAAUUGAUUCAAUAUCGAUAAACCUAGAAAAGAGAGUUGAGGGUUGGAACGAGUAUAUACCAAGAAUUCUUGGGAUUCCUUGGGGAUUCUUAAUUGGUGCUGAGCUAACUAUAGUGCAAAGCCGUAUCUCUUUUGUUAAUAAGAUCCAAAAGGUUUAUCGAUCCCAAGGGGUGCAGAUCCAUAAUAGGCAUAUAGAAAUUAUUGUACGUCAAAUAACAUCAAAAGUAUUGGUUUCAGAAGACGGAAUGUCUAAUGUUUUUUUACCCGGAGAACUAAUUGGAUUGUUGCGAGCGGAACGCACGGGACGUGCUUUGGAAGAAGCCAUCUGUUACCGAGUCAUAUUAUUGGGAAUAACGAGAGCGUCUUUGAAUACUCAAAGUUUCAUAUCCGAAGCCAGUUUUCAAGAAACUGCUCGCGUUUUAGCAAAAGCUGCUAUCCGCGGCCGUAUCGAUUGGUUAAAAGGCCUGAAAGAAAACGUUGUUCUAGGCGGUAUGAUACCCGUUGGUACCGGAUUCAAAGUAUUAGUACAAGAGAUGAUGAAAGCAGGAGUUCAUUUUGGUCAUGGUACUAGAAAAUGGAAUCCGAGAAUGGCACCUUAUAUCUCUGCAAAGCGUAAGGGUAUUCAUAUUACAAAUCUUACUAGAACGGCUCGUUUUUUAUCAGAAGCUUGUGAUUUAGUUUUUGAUGCAGCAAGUAGGAAAAAACAAUUUUUAAUUGUUGGUACCAAAAAUAAAGCAGCGGAUUCUGUAGCACGAGCUGCAAUAAAGGCUCGGUGUCAUUAUGUUAAUAAAAAAUGGCUCGGCGGCAUUUUAACAAAUUGGUCCACUACAGAAACUAGACUUCAAAAGUUCAGGGAUUUAAGAAUGGAACAAAAGACAGGUAGACUCAACCGUCUUCCGAAAGGAGAUGCGGCUCGGUUGAAGAGACAGUUAACUCGCUUGCAAACAUAUCUGAGCGGGAUUAAAUAUAUGACAGGGUUACCUGAUAUUGUAAUAAUCGUUGAUCAGCAAGAAGACUAUACGACUCUUCGGGAAUGUAUCACUUUAGGAAUUCCAACGAUUUGUUUAAUUGAUACAAAAUGUGACCCAGAUCUCGCGGAUAUUUCAAUUCCAGCGAAUGAUGACGCUAUAGCCUCAAUCCGAUUAAUUCUUAAUAAUUUAGUAUUUGCAAUUUGUGAAGGUCGUUCUAGCUAUAUGCGAAAUCCCUGA